AUGCCUCACAAGCGCGCCGGCGGCGACCGCAGCGUCUUCGCGCACUACAUGGUCGGCAUCACGUACGGACAGAGCGCCUCGCAGUGGGCAACAGACAUCAGCGAGGCCAAGAGCGCCGGCAUCAACGGCUUCGCGCUCAACGUCGGGUCCACCGAUGAUUACAACAGCGUGCAGCUCCCGCUGGCCUACGCCGCCGCGGAGAGUGCCGGCGAUUUCUCCUUGUUCCUUUCUUUCGACAUGGGGGCCACCACGUGGACCGUCGACCAGGUCAACGACCUGAUCAACACGUACAAGGGCAGGAGCGCUCAGUUCAAGGUCAAUGGCGUGCCGUUUGUCAGCACCUUCGAGGGUCCCAACUGGUCCGAUAACUGGGCCAGCGUCAGGUCUGCGACUGGUGGCAUCUUCCUCGUGCCCGACUGGUCGAGUCUGGGGCCAACCGGUGUCCAGGCCAAGGGUUCGGUGAUCGAUGGAGCAUUCAACUGGGGUGCCUGGCCCAACAGCAACUCCAAGACUAUUACUACGGACGGGGAUACCCAGUACCAGACGGCUCUGGGUGGCAAGGCUUACAUGAUGGGCGUAAGCCCGUAUUUCUACACUCACUUGCCACCGAACAAGAACUGGUACUCUACUAGCGACACGCUUUGGUAUGACCGCUGGAGUCAGGUUCUUGAAAUCCUACCUGACUAUGUUCAGCUAAUUACCUGGAACGACUACGGCGAGUCCUCAUACCUCAACUCGCCCGUGGUUUCGGAAAUCGUUCCAGGCGCCAACGAAUAUGCCGAGGGAGUCGACCACACGGCCUUCCGCUUCGUGCUACCGUACUUCAUCUCCGCAUACAAGGCGGGCAACGCGAACGUCGCCCUCCCGUCGGGCGAGGGCGCGGUGGCGUGGUACCGCACGACCUCCAAGUCGGUCUGCGGCGACGGCGACACCGUCUGGGGCCAGGGGGGCACUGCAUCGGCGGCCGACGGCACUGAUGACGUGAUCAGCGUCAUCGCGCUGUCGAACUCGCCGGGCGCCGACAUCACCGUCUCUGUCGGGGGCAGCUCCGCGACCGUCAAGGCCAGCAGCACCUUUGGCAAGGCCAGCCUCUACACCACGAGCUUCGCUGGCAAGACGGGCGACGUGACCAUCACUGUGGGCGGCAAGACGCAGACCGGGCCGGCUAUCUCGGGUAGCUGCCCCAGUUCGGGACAUGUCAACUUUAAUGCUGUUGCUGUUCAGAUCUCAUAG